AGUAGCUGCACACCAGGAAGUGUAGUUCAACAUUCCGCAUGCAUAUUCAUCGUAAGGAAGCAAAAAACCACAUUUCCCUCGGUGGAACCAGAUAAAGCUUCCGAUCAAGGAUCUGGGAAAGCAGAAGUCAGACGAGAAGAUUAACGUUAACAGUUGUUUUAAUGUUGAAAACACAUCGUUUUGAAGACUGCUGAGCAUCGCAGUGAACCUCUGACCAGCUGUCCUCCCUGACCCUGUCCACAACCAUGGCGAUCCUGUUUGCAGUGGUUGCCCGCGGCAGCACCAUCCUGGCGAAGCAUGCGUGGUGUGGCGGUAAUUUCCUGGAGGUGACAGAACAGAUCCUAGCUAAGAUACCAUCCGAGAACAACAAGCUCACCUACAGCCAUGGCAGCUAUCUCUUCCACUACAUCUGCCAUGACAGAAUCAUAUAUCUCUGUAUCACUGACGACGACUUUGAGCGGUCACGUGCGUUCAGCUUCCUGGGAGAGGUGAAGAAGCGUUUCCAGACGACCUAUGGUUCCAGAGCUCAGACAGCCCUUCCCUACGCAAUGAACUCAGAGUUCUCCUCCACUCUGAUGGCUCAGAUGAAGCACCAUUCCUCUCCUCCAUCAGAUCGCCUGGCUGAGACUCAGAUGCAGGUUGACGACCUGAAAGGCAUCAUGGUACGCAACAUCGACUUGGUGGCUCAGAGGGGAGAGAAGUUGGAGUUGCUGAUUGAUAAAACGGAGAACCUGGUCGGCUCAUCUGUGAGUUUCAAGACCACCAGCCGUAACCUGGCCAGAGCCAUGUGUAUGAAGAACCUCAAACUGACUGUCGUCGUAGUGGUGGUGUCACUGGUGGUCCUGUAUGUAGUUGUGUCUGCAGCCUGCGGAGGACUCAGCUGGCCCAACUGCAUCAGGAAAUAAGAGAGGGGGAGGACGAGGAGAGAGAGAGGGGGAGGAAAAUAGGGAGCAAGAGAAGACUACAGCGGACCCACAAAGAAAGAAAUUGCUCUCCUCCUCCUCCUCCCUCUUGACUGCCAGUCAGCGGGGAGGAGAGGUCCUCUAUUGGACAGAAUGGUGACGAAAACAAGGCAUCCAGACUGGAGAUUUAACAACGUUGUGAUUGUCUUGCUUUCUGUUCCUUAACAAGAGAAUGAGGUGUGUUUAUCUGUCCAAAGACAAGCGAUUGUUGGAUAUGCAGCUUUAAAAUAUUGUGCAAGUGGAAUUCAGUCCACUCUCCAGUCCAGCUGUCCUCCAUACUGUUCUCCAGUCCAUGGCCCUCUCAUCCAGGGCUCUACAAGCCUAGCAAACAGCUGUUCUCCAGUCCAUGGCUCUCUCAUCCAGGGCUCUACAAGCCUAGCAAACAGCUGUUCUCCAGUCCAUGGCCCUCUCAUCCAGGGCUUUACAAGCCUAGAAAACAGACUGAUAAUCUGGAGUAGGGUUUACCAAAUGUUUUUACCCUGGGGCCCCCUUCCAGCAUUGGAGAACAUCCCACGCCUCCCCCGGCACCGUGUCUAUUUCUAUUGGUACAGCACUGUUCAUGGCACACUGUUCACACCCCUCUUGUUGGUGGAGAGGACAUGUUGCAGGUUUUUAAGCUUAUUUCCUGCAAUUGUACACAUUUUGUCAUGGGGUGCAAAAUAAAUGUUUCAGUUUUAAAGCAACAUUUUUUGCAAUUCUAUACAUUUUGCCAUGUCUAAUGUGUAUUGGGCUAAAAAAAACUAACUUAAAAGACGUUAGCUGAUCUGGACAUGUCUCACCAGUAUUUAACAUCUCUGUAGGGUCGUUAGCUGAUCUGGACAUGUCUCACCAGUAUUUAACAUCUCUGUAGGGUCGUUAGCUGAUCUGGACAUGUCUGACCAGUAUUUAACAUCUCUGUAGGGUCGUUAGCUGAUCUGGACAUGUCUCACCAGUAUUUAACAUCUCUGUAGGGUCGUUAGCUGAUCUGGACAUGUCUCACCAGUAUUUAACAUCUCUGUAGGGUCGUUAGCUGAUCUGGACAUGUCUCACCAGUAUUUAACAUCUCUGUAGGGUCGUUAGCUGAUCUGGACAUGUCUCACCAGUAUUUAACAUCUCUGUAGGGUCGUUAGCUGAUCUGGACAUGUCUCACCAGUAUUUAACAUCUCUGUAGGGACGUUAGCUGAUCUGGACAUGUCUCACCAGUAUUUAACAUCUCUGUAGGGACGUUAGCUGAUCUGGACAUGUCUCACCAGUAUUUAACAUCUCUGUAGGGUCGUUAGCUGAUCUGGACAUGUCUCACCAGUAUUUAACAUCUCUGUAGGGUCGUUAGCUGAUCUGGACAUGUCUCACCAGUAUUUAACAUCUCUGUAGGGUCGUUAGCUGAUCUGGACAUGUCUGACCAGUAUUUAACAUCUCUGUAGGGUCGUUAGCUGAUCUGGACAUGUCUCACCAGUAUUUAACAUCUCUGUAGGGUCGUUAGCUGAUCUGGACAUGUCUCACCAGUAUUUAACAUCUCUGUAGGGUCGUUAGCUGAUCUGGACAUGUCUCACCAGUAUUUAACAUCUCUGUAGGGACGUUAGCUGAUCUGGACAUGUCUCACCAGUAUUUAACAUCUCUGUAGGGUCGUUAGCUGAUCUGGACAUGUCUCACCAGUAUUUAACAUCUCUGUAGGGUCGUUAGCUGAUCUGGACAUGUCUCACCAGUAUUUAACAUCUCUGUAGGGACGUUAGCUGAUCUGGACAUGUCUCACCAGUAUUUAACAUCUCUGUAGGGACGUUAGCUGAUCUGGACAUGUCUCACCAGUAUUUAACAUCUCUGUAGGGUCGUUAGCUGAUCUGGACAUGUCUCACCAGUAUUUAACAUCUCUGUAGGGUCGUUAGCUGAUCUGGACAUGUCUCACCAGUAUUUAACAUCUCUGUAGGGUCGUUAGCUGAUCUGGACAUGUCUCACCAGUAUUUAACAUCUCUGUAGGGUCGUUAGCUGAUCUGGACAUGUCUCACCAGUAUUUAACAUCUCUGUAGGGUCGUUAGUUGAUCUGGACAUGUCUCACCAGUAUUUAACAUCUCUGUAGGGACGUUAGCUGAUCUGGACAUGUCUCACCAGUAUUUAACAUCUCUGUAGGGUCGUUAGCUGAUCUGGACAUGUCUCACCAGUAUUUAACAUCUCUGUAGGGUCGUUAGCUGAUCUGGACAUGUCUCACCAGUAUUUAACAUCUCUGUAGGGUCGUUAGCUGACAUGACAAGAGGAACUGAUGAUGUACUACCCAAUUAGAUACCUUGUGGGCUCUACUAUUGCAACUUUCAAGAGAAAGUUUAAAGACGCACGAGUUCCUUUUUAAAACAAACCAGUAAUGGGGGGGCAUGGAACCACUGCUGUCUCUGUGUAGAUGUCUGUCUCUGUGUAGAUGUCUGUCUCUGUGUAGCUACCCUGUCAGGGUCAGUCUGUACCCAGACAGAAUAUUUAGAUGUCUGUCUCUGUGUAGCUACCCAGUCAGGGUCAGUCUGUACCCAGACAGAAUAUUUAGAUGUCUGUCUCUGUGUAGCUACCCAGUCAGGGUCAGUCUGUACCCAGACAGAAUAUUUAGAUGUCUGUCACUCUGUGUAGCUACCCAGUCAGUGCUAGUGAUACUAAACUACACCUGUAAUGUGUUAUCACCAUGGAGAUCAGGACAUGGUACAUUACAGGUCUCCCCUGUUCUAUACACACUGCUGUGACGGCUUCAUUACUCUACAUGUCAGAGAAGCAGGUCUGUUAUUGUCCAGACACCGUUACAAUGUCUCUCUGUUCAGUUGUUACAAGAAAUUAGAUUAAAAGAUUGAUUGCA